AUGGCCGCGCCGCGCUUGCACUCAGCUGACACCCUGCUUUCUGCGCUUCUUCGCAUCACCGAAGACAAAAUUGUGCCGCUUACCAGCGCCGGCGUCUCGUCCGGGAGCAAGGUGUUUGGCGCCGCCAUUCUGGCUCGCUCCGACCUCGCCCCAGUCACGGUUUCAACCAACAACGAGCGCGUCUCGCCCUUGCUGCACGGCGAAAUCAAUUGCAUUCAGACCUUUUUCUUGUCCCCGCCCGAAGGCCGCCCGGCCACCAAGGACUGCAUCUUCUUUUCGACUCACGAGCCAUGCUCGCUGUGCUUGAGUGGCAUUGCGUGGGCUGGGUUCAACGAGUUCUAUUACCUCUUUACAUACGAGGACAGCCGGGAUCUCUUCUCAAUCCCCUACGACAUCGACAUCCUCGAACAAGUCUUCCGAGUCCCUGCCCCGUCAGAUACGCCCAAGACCCUGGCUGCCCGGCCGCUCUACAACCGGACGAACAGGUUCUUUUCCGCCAAGAGCCUGGCCGACCUCGUCAGCAAUCUCUCAGACGAGGUCGAGCGGAAGCGUUGGGCAGGCGAGAUUGCCAGAGUAAAGGCGCUUUACAAGUCCCUUGACGCGACCUAUCAAGAAGGCAAGAAGGCCGGGACGGAAAGCGCUAGCGUGUGGAGAUGA